AUGGCGAGCCAAUAUCCCGGCCAUCAGCUAGACGACAUUCCCUCGACAAAUGUCUAUCGGCCUCCUCCCCGUCAUGAAGACGAUGAAGCAGAACAUGCUCUACUCCACCAAAACUCCGCAUAUCAGUCCCAAUAUGACGACCCUCACUCUCGACCUCUGACGCCGGGGCAAGAAUCAGUCUACACCUUGAACGAGUCCUACGUAGGAGGGGAUCCUUCAAAAGUGCCCGUGACCAGUUACAAUCCCCAAUACACUCAACCUUAUGGCCAAGGCUAUGGUAUGAACAAUUCGCGUCCAGGUUUUCCUACCCCGGGCCCUCCCGACCCUAUUGACCGGACGGAUUCAACCGAAGCGUGGAGGGAGAGACAAGCGCCGGGAUUCGGCACUAUCAAGAGAUAUGCUACGAGGAAAGUCAAACUGGUGCAGGGUAGCGUUCUGAGCAUUGAUUACCCUGUUCCCAGCGCCAUUCAGAAUGCCAUUCAAGCAAAGUACCGCAAUGACCUAGAGGGGGGCAGCGAAGAGUUCACACAUAUGCGGUACACCGCGGCGACAUGUGAUCCUGAUGAUUUCACCUUGAAGAAUGGGUACAAUCUGCGACCAGCCAUGUACAACCGGCAUACCGAGUUAUUGAUCGCCAUUACAUAUUACAAUGAGGAUAAGGUCUUAACGGCCCGCACCCUCCACGGUGUCAUGCAGAAUAUCCGGGAUAUCGUCAACCUGAAGAAAUCCGAGUUCUGGAACAAGGGCGGUCCAGCGUGGCAGAAGAUCGUCGUCUGUCUUGUGUUUGACGGCAUCGAUCCCUGCGACAAGAAUACUCUCGACGUUUUAGCCACGAUCGGAGUCUACCAAGACGGGGUCAUGAAGAAGGAUGUCGACGGCAAGGAAACUGUGGCUCAUAUCUUUGAAUACACAACCCAGCUUUCCGUUACUGCCAAUCAGCAACUCAUUCGGCCCAAUGACAACGACGCGACUUCCCUACCACCAGCACAGAUGAUAUUUUGCCUGAAGCAAAAGAACAGCAAAAAGAUCAAUUCUCAUCGAUGGUUAUUCAAUGCUUUCGGCCGCAUCUUGAAUCCCGAAGUCUGUAUCUUGCUCGAUGCAGGAACCAAACCGGGCUCGAAGUCGCUGAUGGCACUGUGGCAGGCGUUUUACAAUGACAAAGACUUGGGCGGUGCUUGUGGUGAAAUCCAUGCCAUGUUGGGACCCGGCGGCGUUUUUGGAAGGAAGCUUUUGAACCCCUUGGUGGCAGCACAAAAUUUCGAGUACAAGAUCAGCAACAUCCUCGACAAGCCCCUGGAAAGCUCGUUCGGUUAUGUCAGUGUCUUGCCCGGUGCAUUCUCUGCCUAUCGCUUCAGAGCUAUCAUGGGUCGCCCUCUUGAACAAUAUUUCCACGGUGAUCACACUCUUUCCAAGAGACUAGGCAAGAAGGGGAUCGAAGGCAUGAACAUUUUCAAGAAGAACAUGUUUUUGGCCGAAGAUCGUAUUUUGUGCUUUGAGCUGGUCGCCAAAGCCGGGUCGAAAUGGCAUCUGUCCUACGUCAAAGCCUCCAAAGCUGAAACAGAUGUGCCAGAAGGCGCUCCCGAGUUCAUCGGCCAGCGUCGACGUUGGUUGAACGGCUCCUUUGCUGCAUCCAUCUACUCUUUGAUGCAUUUCUCGCGCAUGUACAAGUCUGGUCAUAACUUGAUUCGGAUGUUUUUCCUCCACAUCCAGAUGAUCUACAACAUUGUUUCGGUUUUGCUGUCCUGGUUCUCCCUCGCCUCCUUCUGGCUGACGACCAAGGUUUUGAUGGAUCUCGUGGGUCAACCCAGUACCAGCAAUGAUAACUCGGCCUUCCCGUUCGGCAACACAGCGACGCCAAUCAUCAACACAAUUCUUCAAUACUUGUACCUGGCGUUUCUGCUCUUGCAAUUCAUCCUGGCCCUGGGAAAUCGACCCAAGGGUUCGAAAGUCGCUUACAUCAUCUCAUUCUGUCUCUUCGGCCUCAUUCAGCUCUACGUCAUCGUAUUGUCGAUGUAUCUGGUGGUACGAGCCUUCACCACCAAGAAUGGGACUGACAUCGUUACGAACGAAGGGGCGAAUGAGUUUGUCAAGUCCUUCUUCGCGUCGACCGGCCCCGGAAUUGUCAUCAUUGCCCUUGCCGCAACAUUUGGACUGUACUUUGUUGCCUCCUUCCUAUACAUGGAUCCGUGGCAUAUGUUUACGUCCUUCGCCCAGUACCUGCUCCUCAUGCCAUCAUUCAUCAACAUCCUGAUGAUCUACGCUUUUAGUAAUUGGCAUGAUGUGUCUUGGGGAACCAAGGGCUCAGACAAGGCCGAUGUUCUGCCUUCGGCACAGACCAAGAAGGACGAAAAGAGCAAGACUGCAGUCGUCGAAGAAGUUGAUAAACCUCAAGCAGACAUUGACAGUCAGUUUGAGGCGACUGUUCGGCGUGCUUUAGCUCCUUACAAACCACCUGAGGAAAAGGAAGAGAAGACUUUGGAAGACUCGUACAAGAACUUCCGAACUCGACUGGUGGCCACUUGGAUCUUUUCGAAUGCUCUUCUGGCUGUUGCCAUCACCAGUGACAGUCUUGAUCGAUUUGGAUUUACGGUAAGAUAA